AAAUAUUUAGUAUAUUGAUAAUAUAUAGAGAGAGAGCCAAAAAAAAAAAAAAAGAUCACGAUGAUGCCCCAAGUGAGCCAAACAAGGCCUGCCCAAACGACAUCGUUUUUGAGGUCGUUGAAUCACCAAAAGUCAUUAUUCCUUCAUGGAACGAGUGAGAACAUAGGCUCACAUAGUAGUAACCCCUUGGUCUCAGUUGUCUCAAAGAGCCAAAAGAGUAGUACUAGGGUUGGAAGUAGCAGACGUUUACUCACUCCAAAAGCUCUUUUGAUUGGGAACAUCAUUAACAAGUUAACUUCCAAUGUUACACUUGUUUUGACUGUGUUACCAACCAUUGGAGGGGUUUUGACUAACGUUGGUGUAGGAAAAGGAAUCGAUGAUGCUAAAGACUUGCUCGGCCAUUCACUCCUCAUUGAGCUCGUUAGUGCUGAGCUCGAUCCUAAAAGUGGAUUGGAAAGGAAGAGGAUCAGAGGGUUCGCACGCAAAACGAGUAUACUAGAUAUUGGAGAGGCGACCUAUGAAAUAGAUUUCGAUAUUCCAAAGGAUUUUGGAGAACUUGGGGCUCUUUUGGUGCAGAAUGAGCAUCACAAAGAGAUGUAUCUCAAAGACAUUAAGAUUGACGGUGAAGGUUUGCUUAAUGGGGCCGUUACUAUCAAUUGCGAAUCUUGGAUUCAUUCCAAGUACGAUAAUCCUCAAAAAAGAGUAUUCUUCACCAAUAAGUCAUUCUUGCCAUCGAAUACUCCAAAUGGGUUAAAAAAGCUGAGAGAAGAGGAUUUGAAAAGUUUGAGAGGAAAUGGUAAAGAAGAACGCAAGAAAUUUGAAAGGAUUUAUGAUUAUGAUGUGUACAACGAUCUUGGGAGUCCUGACCUAAUGUCGAAACUCAAAAGGCCAGUUCUUGGUGGCAAAGAACACCCUUACCCUAGACGUUGUAGAACUGGCCGACGCCCCUCCAGAUCAGAUCCAAAUUCGGAGUCGAGACUAUCGAAGGACAUACUUUUCUAUAUUCCUCGAGAUGAAAACUUCUCAGAAGUGAAGCAAGUAACAUUUGGAGCAAAGACAUUGUUCUCAGUUUUGCAUGCAGUGGUGCCAUCGCUCGAGGGAUUGUUGGUUGACAGAGAAGGGUUUCCACAUUUCACAGCCAUAGACUCACUCUUCGACGAAGGCAUUAAGAUUCCUGCUAAUCAUGACAACCAAAGCCUUCUCAAAUCUGCCUUACCAAGAUUAGUCAAGGCUGCCUCUGAUGUCGACGAUGUUCUACAGUUUGUGCCUCCUGAACCAAUGGACAGGGACAAAUUCUUUUGGUUAAGGGACGAGGAAUUUGGAAGGCAGACUCUUGCUGGUCUUAAUCCACAUGGCAUUCAAUUGGUUACGGAAUGGCCACUAAAAAGUAAACUCGAUCCAAAUGUGUAUGGCCCAGCAGAAUCAGCAAUUACCAAAGAAAUUAUUGAUAAAGAGAUAAAAGGUUUCAUGACUGUUGAAGAGGCAAUAGAACAAAAGAAGUUGUUUAUGCUAGACUACAUGGAUUUGUUAUUACCAUUCGUGUCCAAAGUAAGAGGACUCGAAGGAACAACAUUGUAUGGAUCACGAGCAUUGUUUUUCCUAACCGAUGAAGGCACACUAAGGCCUUUGGCCAUCGAGCUCACUCGACCACCUAUGGAUGAAAAGCCACAAUGGAAGCAAGUCUUCACACCUACUUGGAAUGCCACUGGUGAUUGGCUAUGGAGGCUUGCCAAAGCUCAUGUUCUUGCUCAUGAUUCUGGUGUUCACCAACUCGUUAGUCACUGGCUGAGGACACAUUGUGUGACAGAACCAUAUAUAAUAGCAACAAAAAGGCAACUCAGUGCUAUGCACCCCAUAUUUAGAUUGUUGCUCCCUCAUUUCAGAUACACCAUGGAGAUUAAUGCACUUGCUCGUCAACAACUGAUCAAUGCAAAUGGCAUAAUUGAAAGCACAUUCUCACCUGGUAAGUACUGCAUGGAGAUCAGUUCUGCUGCCUAUGACCAAAUCUGGCGGUUCGACCAUGAGGCCUUGCCAGCUGAUCUUAUUAGCCGGGGGAUAGCUGUUGAAGACCCUAACUCUCCACAUGGGCUUAAGCUGAACAUUGAAGAUUACCCUUUUGCCAACGAUGGUCUCCUCAUCUGGGAUGCCCUUAAACAAUGGGUUACUAACUAUGUGAACCAUUAUUACUCGAGUGCGAGUGAUGUGCAGUCAGAUGUGGAGUUACAAGCUUGGUGGACAGAAAUUCGAACAGUUGGCCAUGCAGACAAGAAAGAUGAGCCAUGGUGGCCUAAACUUGAGACACCAGAAGACCUUAUUCAGAUUCUCUCGACCAUAGUUUGGGUGUCAUCGGGUCACCAUGCAGCUGUGAACUUCGGUCAGUACACGUACGCAGGCUACUUCCCUAACCGAGCAACAAUAGCAAGAAUCAACAUGCCAUCAGAGGACCCCACUGAUGAAGAGUGGAAAUACUUCAUUGAUAAACCUGAAGGAACCCUUUUGCAGUGCCUACCUUCGAAGCUCCAAGCUACUAAAGUAAUGGCGGUUUUGGAUGUGCUGUCUACUCAUUCACCCGAAGAAGAGUAUCUUGGGGAGAACUUGGAGCCUUCAUGGGCUGAUGAUGCUUACAUAAAGGCUUCUUUUGAACAGUUCAAUGGGAGACUGAAGGAGAUUGAAGGGAUUAUCAAUGAAAGGAAUGCUAACCAAGAGUUGAGGAACAGAAAUGGAGCUGGGAUUGCACCCUAUGAGCUUUUGAAGCCAUAUUCACAGCCUGGUGUGACUGGAAUGGGUGUUCCUUACAGUAUUUCUAUAUGAAAACAAUCAAUAGUAUCAAGUAUAAUAAGACCAGGCCAAAGGGGUUGAAGAGUCAUAUAAUGGUGUGACUAGAAUUGGUUUGAUUCCAUUAGUGUAUUUCUAUUUAAAAAACAAUCAAUAGUAAUGUCAAGUAAUAAGAUGAGGAAAAAGGGGCUGCAAUUGCAUACAUGCAUGCAUAUUUUCCAUUUGAAAUAAGCAAUAAAUAGUUUUUGUUUCUCAUAUUUAUUGUAUGUUUUUUCUAAUU